UCCUUGUUGUAUUCUACGAACGAUACAUCAAAGUGACAGAAAAUAUUUGUAGAAAAAAAAGUUCAGUAGUUUAAAUAUGUCGGCGCCGGAAUUCAAAAUAGAAAAAUUACUUGGUGAGGGUGGAUUUGGUAAAGUGUUUUUGAUUGAAGACAAAACGGACCCAAGCGUCAAACAUGCAAUGAAAGUCAUGGACAUUGGGAAAAUGGACAAAGAGACGUUAGCUUUGACGUUGCAAGAAAUCAAGCUUCUGUCUGAACUUGACCACGAGCGCGUGCUGUCUUACGUCAUGUGCUUCCAGCAAGCAGGAACUCUUUGUAUAGUGACAGAAUUCUGUCCGAACGGUGACCUUUCCGAUUACAUAAAAAAUCAGCAUGGUUCUCCACUGGAGGAGGCCCGGCUUAUAGAAUGGUUUCGACAGAUCGCAAGUGCAGUUGAGUAUCUUCAUGGCAAAAAUAUCAUUCACCGGGAUCUAAAAGUUCAGAACAUAUUUCUGGAUGCUAAUAUGGAUUGCAAACUGGGCGAUUUUGGAAUAGCCAGGAUUCUAGACUCUGUGACGGACAUGGCUCAGACACAGAUUGGCACUGUUCACUACAUGAGCCCAGAAAUAUUCAUGGGAAUACCUUACAAUGCAAAGACGGAUAUAUGGUCUCUAGCUGUUGUAAUAUAUGAACUUGCUACCCUGGAGAAACCGUUUGAUGCCUUCUUUUUACCCUCGCUUAUUUUCAAGGUGACACGAGGCGAGAAACCCGACAUGCCACGUGGUUACAGACCGGACUUUGCAGAACUAUUGUCCAAAAUGAUGGAAAAGGAUCCUGACGACAGACCGUCGGCGGCACAGAUCAUGCAAGACAAACUCUUCAGAAGACCAGUAAAACCAACACGAAUGCAAAACCUAAGAUCUCCAGGUGACUAUGGAAGCGAGGACUAUGACGAGGGUGAAUUCAACCUACAGAAUUUCCUCAAAACCAUUAGUGAUAUGUCAGUACCGGGCAGGAGACCCGGAGGCAAGAAACCAACGCCUAAGGCCAGACCGAGUCAUGUGGGUGAAGGCGACAAGCACGUAGUGAAACCUGUGGUUGGAGCUGAAAUUGGCAAUAAAAUUGGUAAUAAAAUUGGUAAUAAAAUUGGAGAUGUUGAGAAGGAAACUAUCACUGACCCUGUGAUGGAGCUCGUCACUAGAACCCUGACAGACAUGGGUCACAAUACACUGCGACCAGCUGGAAAGUCUCAUGUGCAACAGCAGGUUGACUUGCUCAAGUUUUACAUUUUGAGUGUGCUUGACAAUGACAAAGCUCUGUUUGACAAAGCAAGCAAAGAACUUGAUUCAACAGCUGGCCAGGAAGAGCUGGAGGAAAAGCUUAUACGUGUUCUCGGUCAUGAGAAGUUUGGACUUUGUGGUGUUGAACUUUUACACUAUAAAAACUUUACAUACAAUCUUAAACUUAUGAAGAAAUAGUAGCAUCAGUCAAAGAAUCCUGCAUAUGUUACAAUAUUGCUCACGGAAUGAAAAUCAAAGUGUGUGUGGUUAUAUUACUGACUAAACUGAAGCUGACUUGUUACAUUAUAUAGUUUCUCAAGUAUUGAGGAUGUGUUCCUUACAACUGACUUAAAUAAUAUUUUUUAAUAGGGCAAUUUUACACAAUAAUCAAAAAUAUCAUAAUUAUGCGGAAGUGUGCAUAUAUCAUCAAGAGGCAAUGGCUUUUUUUUUUUUUAUCUCAGAUGUUAAUUUCUUUAGAUGAAUUGUUUCUAUGAAAGGACAUAUUAAAUUAUUUAUUGUAUAAGUGA